AUGGCCCUCGUCCGUCCGAUCGUCGCCCAACACUACAACUACGGUAUCAUGAUGCACUCCUUCCAUAUCAUUUGCGCUUGCUUCUGCUUCAUCAACGUCGUCGGUAACAUGGUCCUUAGUAUCCUGACUGAUACCAGUAUUAAACGGAGCUGUCAAAUCGGCGACACCUAUUGUGAGAUUUGCAGACGGAACCGUCCAGCUAUGGCGUGGCAUUGCAAGAGAUGCAAUAUCUGCAUCCUCAGACGCGACCACCAUUGCUUCUUCCUCUCCCGCUGCAUCGGUUUGUACAACCAGAGGUACUUCAUCUUAUACCUCACCUACAUCUUCAUCUCUUUGUCCUAUUCUGUUAUUUACAACUACUACUAUGUACUUACGAAAAUUGACGAGUACGACUUGGUUUUAUCUGUGUUCCGCAUCAUAAACCCCUUCUUCAGAUACAUGCUUACUGAACCGGCUAGUAUUAAAGAUGUGUAUGUGCUGUUUCUCUUCAUGAAUUGCGGACUUAUUUUCUGGUCGGGUUUGCUGUUCGCUUACCACGUAAGAAAUGCUGUCAGGGGUGUCGUAGCUCGUGAUUCUAGGUUGAAGAGAGGUAUUAACACCAAAAUGUUUAAGGAAAACUUGAGAAAUGUUUUUGGGAUUAGGUGGUAUUUUGCUAUUAUUUGGCCGUUUGCAGACAGCCCUUUGCCGCAGGAGUAUGUGCUGAAGAAUAUUUGA